AUGAUCGGUACCAAUGGCGUCGCAACACGUGCGAAGAGAAAGUCACAUCCAACCGGGCUAGAGAGACCCCAAAAGCAACUCCGGGCUUUGAGUGGAAAAGAAUCGACGGGCGUUAACACUCCAGAAAUCGACCUGAUUACCGACGAUGAUCUCGACCUCGAUGGGCCUCAGUUAUUACCAACCUUAGCAGCGGAUACAGCUGAAUGGCAGGCCACAAUUGAGCAGGUGGUUCGAAAUGUUGUAUCGAUCCAAUUUUGUCAGACUUGUUCUUUCGACACAGACCCUGCGCUGUGCAGCGAAGCUACUGGUUUCGUGGUAGAUCCAGAGAGAGGAUAUAUUUUGACCAAUCGACAUGUUGUUGGAUCAGGGCCUUUUUGGGGAUACUGUGUUUUCGAUAACCACGAAGAAGUCGAUGUUUACCCUGUCUACCGCGAUCCCGUUCACGAUUUUGGUAUAUUACGAUUCGACCCUAAAGCUAUCAAAUACAUGCCUGUUACCGCUCUGGGCUUACGACCGGAUCUUGCCAAGGUGGGAUCGGAGAUCAGAGUUGUUGGUAAUGAUGCUGGAGAGAAGCUCAGUAUUUUGUCCGGAGUCAUAAGUAGAUUGGACAGAAAUGCCCCCGAAUAUGGAGACGGAUACUGCGAUUUCAACACCAAUUACAUUCAAGCAGCGGCGGCAGCGAGUGGCGGUAGUUCAGGAAGUCCCGUCGUUAAUAUUGAUGGAUAUGCCAUUGCCUUGCAAGCAGGUGGAAGAAGUGAUGGUGCUGCUACGGAUUAUUUCCUACCCCUCGAUCGACCUUUAAGAGCUCUUCAGUGCGUACAACAGGGAUUGCCGAUUACUCGAGGAACGAUUCAAUGUCAAUGGUUGAUCAAACCCUUUGAUGAAUGUCGGAGACUUGGUCUGACCCCCGAUUGGGAAGAGGUUGUUCGAAAAGGAUUUCCCAAGGAAACCGGUAUGCUCGUGGCAGAAAUCGUUCUUCCAGAAGGGCCAUCACAUAAGUUGAUCGAAGAGGGAGAUCUUUUGCUCAAGGUCAAUGGCGAAUUACUGACACAGUUCAUUCGUUUGGAUGAUAUCCUUGACUCCAGUGUUGGUGAAACGGUGAGCUUCCUUAUCCAGCGCGGUGGAGAGGAUAUCGAGGUUGCGGUUGACGUUGGCGAUCUUCAUACAAUUACACCGGAUCGUUUUGUCUCUGUCGCAGGAGGUAGUUUCCACGAUCUUUCGUAUCAGCAAGCACGUCUAUAUGGCGUUGCUUGUAGAGGCGUCUUCAUGUGCGAAGCUAGUGGAUCUUUUCGAUUCGAAGGCACUGAUAAUGGUUGGAUCAUCAAGACCAUUGACCAUAAGAAAACACCUGAUCUGAAAAGUUUCAUUGAAGUCAUGAAGAACAUUCCGGACCGAGAGAGAGUUGUAAUAACAUACAAACAUCUUCGAGAUCUUCACACUCUUAAUACCGGCAUUUUACAAAUUGACCGCCAUUGGUCAAAGAAGAUGAGACUCGCCGUCAGAAAUGAUGUCACCGGUCUAUGGGAUUUCACAGAUUUGGCCGAUGCUCUUCCACCCACACCACCCGUAGCUAGGUCUGCAAAAUUCAUACAACUCGAGAACUCACAGCAUCCAGCAGCAGCGGAUAUAGUUCGAAGCUUCGUUCGAGUGUUAUGCCACAUGCCUGUCAAACUAGACGGUUAUCCUCGGAACCGCAAGUGGGGCAUGGGUGUUGUCAUUGAUGCAGACCAAGGAUUGGUCGUCAUCUCUAGAGCGGUGGUUCCAUAUGAUCUAUGUGACAUUUCGAUCACGAUUGCUGAUUCCAUUAUUGUGGAAGGAAAAGUGGUUUUUCUGCAUCCUCUACAAAACUAUGCUAUUAUCAAAUACGACCCUUCGCUGGUUCUUGCCCCUGUGCAAAGCGCGAAAUUGAGCAAUAAGCAACCAUCUCAAGGAGCCUCAACAUACUUCAUUGGUUUCAACACGAACAUGCGAGUCGUCGUUGCCAAAACUACCAUCACUGAAAUCACUGCUGUUGCUAUUCCUGCAAAUGCUGCAUCACCAAGAUAUCGAGCCAUCAAUAUUGAUGCUAUUACUGUUGACACAAGUCUGAGUGGUCAAUGUGGAAGUGGUGUGCUUAUCGGUGAAGAUGGUGUCGUUCAAGCCUUGUGGUUGACUUAUUUGGGAGAAAGGUCCGCAUCAAGCUCAAAGGACGUCGAAUACUAUCUCGGUCUUGCCACUCCUACGCUUUUACCCGUCAUCAAAAAGAUACAAAAUGGCGAGAAGCCUAAGCUACGCAUGUUGAGCGUUGAGUUCAACACCAUCCAAAUGGCGCAAGCUCGUGUCAUGGGUGUAUCCGAGGAAUGGAUUCAUAAGGUUGCCGAAGAUAAUUUAUCUCGCCAUCAACUUUUCAUGGUCCGAAAGCGCACUUUCGAGCGAAAUAGUGAAUCGGGUGCCCUUUUGGAAGGAGACAUUAUUCUUUCCCUUAAUUGUAAAGUCAUCACCCGUAUCAGUGAACUCGAUGUGAUGUACGAUCAUGAGUCUCUUGAUGCAGUCAUCGUCCGCGAUUGCAAGGAAAUGACUCUCAAGCUUGACACUGUCUCGGCAGAUGAUCUUGAGACUGAUCGAGCCAUUUCCUUCUGUGGAGCUAUUCUCCAUCGUCCUCAUCAUGCUGUUCGCCAACAGAUCUCUAAACUCCAUAGCGAGGUUUAUGUUGCCGCGAGAACUAGAGGAUCGCCAGCCUAUCAAUACAAUCUUGCACCAACAAACUUUGUGACACACGUCAAUGGGAAACCAACACCUGAUCUAGAAUCAUUCUUGAAGGUGGUCAUUAAAAUCCCCGACAACACCUAUUUCCGCAUCAAGGUUGUAACCUUCGAUAACGUACCAUGGGUUAUCACAAUGAAGAAGAACGAUCACUACUUCCCAACUACAGAGUGGAUCCAUGACCCCUCGGAAAAGAGUGGUUGGAAAAGAAUCACUCACGAGAUGGGUACCACCGUAGAAGGUGAAGGUAAGGACGGCAUCGGUAGCGUAGCUGGUGAUGAUGUCGGAGAUUCUGACGAUGGAGGAGAAGUCGAUGAGCCUAUGUCUUUUGGGUCGGUAGUUUGA